UGUCUUGACGCAGAGCUAUCGAGCGCGUGGCAGAUCAUCUUUUUGGACUUUUUUGAUGAAUUGGACGCUUCCAACAUAUAUACUACAGAGGCAUUUUAUAGACUCUUCUCUUCAGAGAAUUUCGGGCGGGGAUUUGAAGAAACAACAGCGCGGUAAACAACAACGAUUAAGCGAGCAAAAAAAAAGGACUCGUCUUGUCACAUGAUCGACACUGGCCAAUCACCGAGAGAGUGGCCCGAUGAAACUCUUGCGUUUUGUUUGGAUUAUGAUUAUUUCGUCGUUUCUAACCAAAAUGGGGUUGGAAUUACGGUGGAUUCCGACAGGGUUGUGUGAAAUGACGUUUUUUCCACUCCUCUUGUAAACGGAUGCGUCGUGGAUAUAUAUUUUAUAGGUUACGUUAAAACCGAAUGGCAUUGGUUUUCAAGUUUCGGUCUACAUUGGGAUUCAGGAUGUAUCUGGUCACGUGAUUUCCCCUCCCCCACCCUGCCCUGAAGAAUGGAGAAGGGCGGACAUGUUGGAGAUAAUGUGUUGCCUAAAAAAAAAAAUAGAAUCGAGUUGGAAGACCUGAAGAUGUUUUGAAGACAACUUUCGCUCCAUCUUUUGGAUUUACUUCUCGACAAAUGCCUUUAUUUUAAUCCUCAUGAUUUUGGGGGUAUACUUUUUUUGGAAAGUCUUAUUUAUUACUCAAACUUAACUUUUGAUAACAAAAUGCUUUCUGACUUUAUAUUUUUAUCGUCUAUUUAAUAGUUUUAUUUGCAUGUUUGAGUGACAUUGUUGGUCGUCUGUAACCUUGGAGAGUGGGGGAUGGGCGCAUGUGGUUGGGUAACCAUUGACACGUUCGACUAGUUUGUUGUCGGGUUAAGUUGGUUAUGCUUGUUUUGCUGUGGGUCGAUGUUACGGAUGUUUCUUAAACUUCGAUUUAAUUUCAGAUCGUGUUAUGGGCAUUUCGCAACUUGGCAUAUUGUUAUAUCAAGAUUUAAGAGAUAAGCGGCUAUUUGCAACGGUAGAUACAAGCUGAGGAUAAAACUGCUGCGUCAUCCUGUUAUUUGAUGUGACCGUGUAUUUUGCGGACGUUGUGUCUUUAUAAAACGCGCAAAUUGACAGUUCGUUUUAAAUGACUUGGCUACACACGUUUUCGCCGUUUUGUCUGUCCAUUCUUUGUUCACCACGCGGGCUGGGGUUCAUCGACGUUUCGCCCUUCAAGGUCUUUUAACUCACGCUAAACACGAUUUGUCAUGGCGUUUCUGUUCCCUUGUGACACGUAGUAUGUUUGAAGCGGCUAUUUGGUAAAUUUAUUCAGAUAUUUGUAAUACUAUACUGCUGUUUUCCUCGUCGCCGUCGUGCUUAAAGAUGGCGACCGGCGCCCCUUUGCGUCUGAUCUCCUGGUAAGUGGGGAGAGGUCCGAAGAGCUCUAACGGUUACGUCAUUGUGUUACUCGACCAAUAGAAUUGGAGAUGUUUGUGCUGAAAGCCCGCGUUACUUUCAUAUUGGCCAAUCGCUGGCUGCGUGUUUGCAUGUUUUUACGUAAUUUAAGACCUUCAUGGUUAGAGUCGCCUUCAUCGUCCUAACAAAAUGUCCGAGUCCGCUCAGUCACGUAUAAGGGACAUGCGCACAUGAAAAAAACAAAGCUAGCGCUGUUUCGUAAGACUCGCUUUACCGUAAAGGAAGCGCUUUUAAUUCUUUCGUCUUUAAAGACGGAGCAACCCGUUUCAGGGCGCGGUGACGUUGACUGGCAACGCAAAGAGCGAAUCGCAGCUCGAAGGGCGUGGACGUUUUCAGUACGCGUAGCCAAUAGGAUGCGUUAUGGGUUUAUAAAGUCGCUGGCGUAACCGAGUAAGCGCCAUUUCCACGAAGCAGGAGGACAGCGUACAGUGGUUGGAGGUAGCCGAUAAACCGAAAAAAAAAAGACGGGAAGCGGAACGGAACCGGAUACUGGCUUGAGUUUAGCAAAACACAAUCCGGAUCCAUCCUGAUGGAUAUGGCCGUUAACCCGCUGAUUGACAGCUCACAAGGUGGGUUGGAUGUUGGCCUAAUGGGGCUCACGGCACUGGAUCAGACUUCCAGUACAGCUGGAAAAAGGAUCCGGAAGCCAUCACUGCUCUAUGAGGGCUUCGAGAGCCCUGGGAUGCCCCCUCACUGCCAGACCACUGCCUCCGGCCUCCAGCAGCCUGUGGUUAAAGAGGCUGGCCGGCAGGGGAAGAUGACCAACCAGUUACAGUUCUUGCAGAAGGUUUUGCUCAAGUCGUUGUGGCGCCACCACUUUGCGUGGCCCUUCCAUCAGCCCGUGGAUGCUGUCAAGCUUAACCUGCCUGACUAUCACAAGAUCAUAAAGAUCCCAAUGGACUUGGGCACUAUCAAGAAGAGGCUGGAGACUAACUACUACUACAGUGCUAGUGAAUGCAUACAGGACUUUAACACUAUGUUUACCAACUGUUACAUUUACAACAAGCCGUCUGAUGACAUUGUCCUGAUGGCCCAGUCACUGGAGAAAGCAUUUCUUCAGAAGGUGGCUCAGAUGCCUCCUGAAGAGGUGGAUCUAAGCCCUCCUCCGCCGCGCAGCAGACCCGUCAAAACAGGGAAGAGGGGUCGAGGAAAUGCCUUCUCUGGAGGAAUCACCACCGCUCACCAGGUGCCCGCCGUUUCCCAGUCUGUCUACUCGCCGCCUACCCCGGAGACGCCCGAAUCUAUCCUCUCCAUGCCACCGCAGACCAUUGUGUCCAAGAAUCUGGGAAUCGCACUGCACAAUGAGCACGGCAUCCCCUCAAUGACCGGCCUGCCUCCUACAAUGCCCACUACUAAGAAAAAAGGCGUGAAAAGGAAAGCGGACACGACCACCCCGACCACAGUGGCCAUGCCCAUCAUGAAUUCCAUGAACGUGGGCGGCAUGAACAUGGGUAGCAUGAACAUGAAUUUGGGCAUGGACUCACCACUCACCCUCACCGCUCUUGGUGUGGACCACGACACCAGCCUGAGCCUCGGGCAAGGUUUAGGGCUCAACCAGGCCCUGAACCUCGGACAAGGUAUCGGUCUCAACCAGGGAAUCGCCCUCAACCAAGGUCUGGCCAUGAAUGCUGACCAGGUCAUGCUGGGUGGUAAAGCACCCGGAGGCUGUAGGAGAGGAGUGAGCGGGCGGCCCAUCAAACCUCCCAAGAAAGACUUGCCAGACUCCAUCUUGCCCACACCGGUGCGUCGCAGCAAGCUGACGCCGCAGCUGCGCUACUGCAGUGGUGUCUUGAAAGAACUUCUGUCUAAGAAGCACGCCGCAUAUGCCUGGCCCUUCUACAAGCCCGUGGACGCUUCCUCGCUGGGUCUUCACGACUACCACGAUAUUAUCAAGCAGCCCAUGGACCUUAGCACUAUCAAGAGGAAAAUGGACAGCAGAGAGUACAUUGACGCACAGCAAUUUUCUGCGGAUGUCAGGCUGAUGUUCUCCAACUGCUAUAAGUACAACCCGCCCGAUCACGACGUGGUGGCCAUGGCUAGAAAGCUCCAGGAUGUAUUUGAAUUCUGCUUCGCCAAAAUGCCCGACGAACAGCCGGUGCCCCAGAGCUCCUCGUCUUCCUCAUCGUCUUCAUCUUCCUCCUCGUCCGAGAGCGAGUUGAGCAGCGAGGAAAGCGAGAGCGAGAGUAGCCCCAGCUCUGAUUCCGAGGAAGAGCGAGCCAACCGCCUGGCUGAGCUCCAAGAGCAGCUGAAGGCCGUCCACGAGCAGCUCACAGCACUUUCUCAGGGCCCCAUAGUGAAACCCAAGAAGAAGAAAGAAAAGAAAGGCAAGAAGAAGAGGAGGAAGAGUGAGAAGCACCAGAAAAUAGAAGAGGACUUUGUGCCAAUCAGGCCGCCCAAGGCUCCUAAAGUUACCAAAAAUGCAAAAAAGAGCAAUAAAGCAAUGGGUGUUCCUUUGAUGCCACUCAAGAAGACCCAGAGCAAGAAAAACAACAAGAGCAAGUCCAAAAAGGGAGGCAUGAUGUUCAGCAUGCCGUCAGCCAUCCCAGAACCCCUGAUUCCCCACUUUGACUCCGAUGAGGAGGAGGAGACUGCACCCAUGUCAUACGACGAGAAGCGGCAACUUAGCCUAGACAUUAACAAGCUGCCCGGUGAAAAGCUUGGCCGCGUAGUCUACAUAAUCCAAUCGCGUGAGCCGUCCCUCCGAGACACCAACCCCGAGGAGAUCGAGAUCGAUUUCGAGACGCUGAAGCCGUCCACGCUGAGAGAGCUGGAACGCUAUGUCAUGACGUGCCUGAGGAAGAAGCCGCGCAAGCCUUACGCCAUCAAGAAUAGCGCGGGAAAGUCACGUGAGGAGCUGGCUCUGGAGAAACAACUGGAGCUGGAGAGAAGGCUGAUGGAUGUUAGUGGGCAGCUCAACUCUGGGAAGAAGCCCACCAAAGCCAAACUGGAGAAACCGGCCACCGAGUCGAGCACUCAGCCAUCGCGCCUCAGCGCUAGCAGCUCGUCCUCGGACUCGUCCUCAUCUUCCUCCUCUUCAUCAUCUUCCGACACCAGCGAGUCAGACUCUGGCUGAGAGGCAAAAGACUUGUUUUUUUUUCCCCUCCUAAUUUUUCUUUUUGAACGGGGGUUCAGCUGAAGGACCCACCGUUGCGGCACUGGACCAGAACAGGCGGUCCAUCCCAGAGAGACGGCGCCUUUCCUGGGCCGCGCGACGAAGGCCAAGGACGACUCAAUGUGGAACUGGGUGGGGUCUGAUUUGGGCCGAGACUUCAUCGGGGG